AUGGUUCGAAGAAAUCAUUCCAAAAUUCCAUCCCUCACGACAUUGGAAGAUUAUACACACGAUUGUUGUAAAGAUCAAUGUCAUUUAUUUUGUGAUAACCUAUUAAAAUUAAAUAAUAACUGUAAUAAUAAUAAUAAUGGAAUGAUAAAUGGAAUGAUCACAACAAUAAUAUUAAGAACUAGCAGCUAUGGUCGAAAAAACAAACACGAUCUCACUCUAGCAGGUUUGUCAAACUACGAAGCUACUAGCCAACGACUCUUCAAACACGAACGAAUAUUAAACACCAAAACUGUCUAUUCCUACAUUGCACCAACCGACCGCGGCCAGCUAGAAGAAGAUGAUGAAGAAGAAGAAGAAGAAGUAGAAUAA